AUGAAAUAUUUGUUAUCUGACAUCUUUGCUUUAUGGAAUUUUAUUUAUGUUUCGACGUACGACGCUCAUUCUCCGCGUUUCUUAGAGUUCGAAACAUCUGAGAGCGUUUCCCGGCCUAGUUCGACGUACGACGCUCAUUCUCCACGUUUCUUAGAGUUCGAAACAUCUGAGAGAAAAUGUAUCACGAUAGCGUCAAAACCCGCAUAUCCAUAUAAAAAAGGUCGUUUGGGAUAUGCACGCUUACAGGAAAAAAUUUUGGAGGAGACGCAGAGUGACGAAACAUCACUACCUGCACAUGUGCUGUGGAAGGAAGCUCGUGUUGGCAGAGAUAAAGUUGUUAACCCCGAUCUGCAACAUAUUUAUGAUGGGUGUGAGACUAUAUCGCAAUCGGUAUCCUCGGGUGAUGACUCGAAUAUCAGGAGCAGGGACAAAGAGAGGUAUAUGGCCGAAAGGAGCAGUUCACAGUUGAAAGAAACUAGUGACAAGGCUAGUAUCAACCGUCAAAAAAAUUUUCCCGAGGGCAUUUCAUGUUAUAUGAAUGCAUUGCUACCGGUACCUGACAUUGUUGCGGAGACCACAUUGCUGCGAGAUGCAGUAGGAUCUUUUGUGGCAUGGCCAUCAGACCUCAUCUGCAUAGAUGAUCAGACUCCUGCAAAACCCGCAUCUAAGGAUAAAGGGAUUUUGCAGCGCGGCGAGUCUAUUGCAUCGCAAAGACAGGUACCUUCUCAAGAUCAGUCACAGCAUGUGAGCCAGAAAGGUAGUAGGGUUCCACCUAAGAAGAAGGUUCCUGUCCGUAAAUUUGUGCCUAGGACAACUGCCAGUACAAAGAGCUUGUAUCUUUUGCCUUAUAAUACAGGAUGUCACUGGUUGUUGCUUGCAAUCAAUCCCAUAAAAGAAGUGGUCUAUUACCUGAAUUCGGUUGACGGUGAUUGGACAAAUUAUCCGGAAAUGAAGCUAGUGAUUGAUACUUCAAUACAAGUAUUCCGAUGUCAAAGGGGAGCACGAGUACCACGGUCUAGAUCAAACAACAUUAAUUGGAUCAAAGUACAGUGCCCUCAACAACAAAACGGCAUAGAUUGCGGAUACUUCGUUUUGAUGUUUAUCAAAGAAAUCAUUCAAAUGUAUGAAAUCGAGAUUCCAAUCACGUAUUUUGAUCAAUACAAUUGUCCAUAUUACUCGCCACGUCAAUUGGAAGAACUCAAAGAGGAGUUGUGCCAAUAUUUUAUUGAGCUAAGAAUCUUAUAA